AUGGCUGACCAAGAUGAUAUCAAGUUAAAAGACGCAGCCGACACGCCUGAUGAGGUACGUCAUCUCGUAGACAAAGCCGCCGAAGCUGUCAGUUCAACGCGCCGCCCGAAAUUGAUACUGUUUCCUGUCGGCUUCGAAGAGAGUCUCGCUUCCUAUCUACGCAACAAAAUCGAGCAAGAAGACCUGCACCUUUCAUUCGAGUCUCCCCCAGAAAUAGUCCCUCACCUACCACGUACUGACGACAAGAAGUCGACUCCUGUCGACGACGCAGCCAACACCGCCGAAUCUUUAGCAGAGCUGUCACAGAAACAGGCCGAAGCAACGACCGGGAAGAAGAUAUCACCAUCGGAGGGUUCAGAAGACGGCGAGGCAAAGUCGGCCUACGAAGCUCAAAUCUCGAAGUACCGCUGGUGCAAAUGCUCCUGCGACCCAGCACAAUUCUACGGACACGACCACUACUACGUUCACUUGGACACCAAAGAAUCACGCUGGGACGAGCCGACCGAGUUCUACUGGCUCUGGGACACCGACAGGCAAGAGAUCGACUCCGCUGGCCUUCAACGAUCUACGAAAGGACCGCAAGAGCCAACACCAACAGCAGGCCAGUCAGACCCAACCUACUACGGCUACAACCCCAAGAUCCACGGCUCCUACGACCCCACGGCUCCCUACGCUCAGUACCACAACCAGAAGCGCAAGGAAGAAAAGCAGGCUGCGAACGUCGCCUCCAGCCAGAUGCCAUCCAGCGACAGCACAGGCUACGGCAUGACCGGCACCUUCAACCGCUUCACUGGAAACUUCCAAGGCGGCGACAGGUCCGCCGAGCAACACAACGAUUACAACAAGUCCGGCCGGCAGAUGAACGCGUACUUCGACGUAGAUGCUGCAGCCAACGCGCACGCGGGGCGGUCGCUGAAGGAGGAGCGGAGGAAUAAGAAGUUGUCCAAGCAGGAGCUUCGGGAGAUGUCGGAGAAGCGUAAGGCCAGGAAGGUGGAGAAGAGGAUGGAGUUCUACAAGUCUUAG